UACUUUACUAUCAUUUCGGAAAGUUAGCUCAAAGCUUCAGCUAGGGAUCGUGUAGAUAACUUUAUUAAAAGUAAAAUAAAUAAAAACAUAUUUUUAAUUUUAAAUAUUAUAUAAAAUAUUUAAAAAACUCGACGCACUUGUAAAAAAUGUACAAGAAACCUACAAAUUUGAUGGAGCUUACAAAAGCCGAAAUGGCCAAGUGGCUCAAUAGCUUCGAUACGGUGUUCUCGGAUUGUGAUGGCGUACUUUGGACACAAGGUUUACUGAUAUCACAACCUAUAGACGGUGUACCCGAGGCUAUUGCACUAUUUAAAUCGCUUGGCAAAGAUGUUUAUUUUGUCACUAAUAACGGUAUAGUCACGCGCCAUGAAAUCUGGGAAAAAACUAGGACUUUUGGUUUGGACAUAGAUGAAACCCGCGUCAUAGCCCCUAUACAAACAAUUAUUGAUUUUCUGAAAGCGCGAAAUUUUCAGCAGAAAGUCUAUGUAUUAGGGCCCGAAGCUAUACGCACUUCAUUAAGUGAGGCGGGUAUUGAGAGUUUCGGAGUUGACCCAGAACUUGUACCUGGUAAAAUAGAUGAUUAUAGUGCACAACAAGUGGUUGCAACGCAAGAUAAUGAUGUAGGUGCCGUUGUUGUAACCUUAGAUGUAAAUUUCACAUACGCCAAAUUGUGGAAAGCCACCAAUUAUAUCAGUUCGAAUGCAGAUUGUCACUUCAUCUCUACUAAUUUAGAAGCAGUUCAUUGUUAUCCUGAAUAUUGUGUGCCUGGUACUGGUGCGCUUCUGAGCGCUGUGGAAUCUUGUGUGGAACGUAAAGCCUUGCAGUUGGGUAAACCGAAUCCGGAGAUUUGUGAGGCACUAAUCAAAUCGGGGAAAGUUGUACCAGGGCGAACACUCAUGAUUGGUGAUACCUGCGAGAUCGACGUUUUAUUUGGUCACAGAUGCGGGUUUCAAACUCUUCUUGUGGGUACAGGUCCUAGUAUAGACCAUGAAUUAAAAGAAGUGCUACAGAAUCCAAAUGCAAAUCCAAAUUAUAUACCCGAUUUCUUUGUGCCCUCUUUAGGUGAUAUAAUGAAACUUGUUUAAACAUAUGUAUAUUUUAUGUAUGUGUACUAUAUAUUAAAAUUAGUAAAAUCACAUAAUGGUUCAAAUAAUUUAAAUUUA